AUGGAUAACGGAAUAAUUUAUAGGUAUACGGUAACAGCAACAUCGGACGGUACCAAAUUAUCAAGUGCCGCCAAGGACAAAAGCGGUGAAGUGCCAGCAGUCCGUAUCAAAGCCAGGUACCAGUCGGUACAGAUAUUACCGAUGCAGGCCUACAGCGAUCUGCUAGCUUUCAUCAAACGGCGAUAUUUGUCACUCUGUUGUGCAUUGGAACCAAAUUUGAGUGUGAAAGCAAAGGAGGAUUUGGCAACAGCACUUGUACGGAUAAUGCACAAGCAGCAGAUGGCCAAACAUUUCCUCUGUGAUCUGAUCAUGUCUGAAGUGGAUAAUACUCUGGGCGAAUUUGUGAAAACAAUGCAACAAUCCGACAAGGACUGUGAGGUGGAUCCGCUAAAAAUGCCCAAUAUUAAUCCAAUAGCUCUGGAGAAGAAUCGCCAUCAGUUGGUGGCCGCUGUUGAAACUGCUUGGUGCAAAAUUUUGAACAGUACUGAUGUAUUUCCCAUUGAACUACGCGAAAUAUUCGAUUGCUUACGAAGGCGCCUUGAAGAUAUCGGCCGCUUGGAUCUAGCGGAUACGUUGAUUUCUUCUAGUAUCUUCCUACGCUUUCUAUGUCCGGCAAUACUUAGCCCCAGCUUGUUUAGCUUGGUUUCUGAAUAUCCCUCUGGGCGAGCAGCACGUAACUUGACGCUGAUUGCUAAAACAUUGCAAACGCUGGCAAAUUUCACGAAAUUUGGCGGUAAAGAGCACUAUAUGGAUUUCAUGAAUGAAUUCGUGGAACGUGAAUGGGAUAACAUGCAUCGCUACUUGGUGCGAAUAUCAACACUACCAUCGGAUAGUCCGAGAGCUGCAACCGGUGAAAAUGACUGGAAUAUCCCAGUGGAUGUCGGCAAAGAAAUAUCACUACUGCAUACGUAUCUGGACGAGGCGCAUACGUACAACAGUGCGGCGCAGCGUCCGGCCCAUAUUCAUAGUACGGUAAGCGAAUCGCAUGUAAUGCUGAAAAACAAUCCGGCAUCACAUUUGAACACAAAUGAUGAUUACGUACUGGAUAUCGCAUUGCUCAACGAUAGCUUGGCGAUUCGCCAGGCCGGUCUGACGGUACAGAAGCAUCGCAAUGCGCAGCAUCGUAACGCUCAACGACAUUUCAUGGAAAAUGCAUCCUGUGAGCGGCACAGUAGCAGAAGGAAUCCGUAUGCAGUAGCUGAUGUCUCGGCAGCUCAUGAACGGAUUGUAGCAUUCGAUGCUUCGGCAAUUAGUAACGGUUCGCAUACAAGCGCCGAAUAUAACACUGCAGCAUCGACAAAUAUCCCGCAAAGUCCAGCUUAUCCAGCAGGAAGCCGUCAUCGUCCUCCAAGUGAGGAAACUGAUUCUGAUGAAGCGCAUGAGCUUAGCGUUUCGACGCGCUCUCGACAUACUCGGCCAACACGGAAAAAUAAACGUCGCACAACGAGUUCGGCAGACCGCGAAAAACCGGCUGCAGUUGUAAAUGCAUGUCCAGAUACCGCUACGGCACCUUCGUCCAGUGGAUAUCAGAGUCAGAAUCCGAGUAGUAGGUUAGUUUUUUUUUUUGUUAGUUUUUUAUCGUCUUGACU